CGCUGCUUGGAUACGAGGAGGAGGAGGAGGAGGAGGCGCGCUCAUUGUGGCGGACUGUCAGCAGUAACAACAACGGCAGCUAAGAAACAACAACAACAACGAAAACAACAGCAUGGAACCUCCAGAGAGGAGGGUAGCAUCUCCUCAAGAUAAAGAUUUGAGCCAUUCUGCUGGACAAACAUGCAUAAACCAACUGGGAACCCAAAGACACCCCGAGCUUCAGCAGCCAGGAACACCUUCUCUGCAGUUAGGUUUUCAGGACAGUAACAUGUCUCCAGCCCUUUCUCUGUUGCCUGGAAUGGAUCACAACCUCACUGAGUUUUCUUUUUUGCAACAAAGUGAGACUGAAUUUGCUCCUCUAAGGGCAUACCCUGAUGUUUCCAUGGCUUCAGAGAGAUUUCCAACCCACAAUUACACAACUCAUGCUUCUGAGCAUGCCUCAUUAUCUCAGCACCCUUUGGCCCAGGAAGGGAUCCUUUCUGAAGAAGGAGAAAGCAGCUGCUGCUCCCUGUCUCAGCACAGUCUGUCACCAGGGGAGCAAAGUAAACCAGAGGAAAAGGUUCAUCCCCCUGUGAUUGUCAUUGAUGCAGGUAGCAGAGAGAAGGACCCAGGGACCUUAACUAACCCUGCAGCCAAGCUAACAGGAGAUCCUGUUGAAGAUGAAACUUUCUUUCUGAGUAAGGAUAUUCCUGCCCAGCAUCUUCUGGAACUCCUACAGAAAGAUGUUGGCAUGCUCAGCAGCAGUAGUAGUGCUGUUUCCUCUGCCUCUGAGAUUUCUGUGAAGAGAAUAGAGUCUUUUAAAAGCCACGAAGUUAGCAAACUGAUCACUCAGCAAAACACUGAUAUAAGGGAAGGUCCUCAAGAUGAAGCUUCUUUUCCCCAGCGGCAAACACAACAGCAUGACAGAUUUUCAAAUCUUGACCAACCACACACAGAGUGGGAACCCAACAUCUCUAACGUCACCAUGGGUUCCCGCAGUACUCAGCCUGAUGAGAGUAGUGAAAUGUUACACAGAGAGUUGCUCUCUGAAGUAGAGCGAUGCACCAGGAUUGAAGCUGAAUCCAAAAACAAACAGCAAAAAGGUCCUAUGCCACCUGGUCAGUCUUUCACACCAUAUCUUAAAGAGAUGCCUGAAGCCAAGCCAAGUGUGAGUAGAACAAAUGUGGUUGGUAUGCAGUGGACAGGGUCAGCAGGCGUAGAACGGGUUCGCAAAGAGCAAGAGCUCUGGUCCUCAGGAAACCAAACAGGGAUUGAUGGCUCCUACCUGGGCUUUCUUCCACAGUCUCAAUCCACUCCAGGGGUUUUUAAUGCCCCAACUAAAUUCAGUGUUAAAGCUAAAUUGGGGCACCUUUCCUCUAUUGAAUCUAAUAAGAAGAACUCGUAUCAGUCAAUGACAGAAAUUUCUUUACAGCCAGUUCCUAUAGUUGAUGCCCAUAACCCAGACACAGCAACCGAGUGCCAAGAGGACACUACUUCUGCAAAAGUCCAGUCCCUCCCAAGUCUUAACUAUAUGCAGAAAGUAGAUGCUUGGAGGGCAAAUCAGAGUUCAGGCAAGAUGUCUUUGUUUGAUAGCCUUGCACUGCAGGGAUUUUCUGGCAUCCCCCCUAAACAGAAAGCAUAUGACGCGGUAUCCGACAGCCUGAAUCGGCUGGUUAGUCAGAAGGUUAGGAGUUUACAGCAACCUCUUGUUUCAGGUGCUGCCACGCAGACCUCCUCAACAGCACCCUCUGGUCCUUCUUCUCCAAGAAGAACGGAGGCAGUUGGCAGUGCUCCUACUGAUGAGGAGAACACCGGGUCUGCAGUACCACCCUCUGCCUCACCCAUUGGCAGGUCACAGUCUCACUCUUCUCUUAGCACAGUUGUGAUGUCAGCUCAAAAAGAUGAGCAAAUAGACAGGCCUCCAGAAAUAGAGAAGAGUCAAAGCCAAGAUGAUCAUGAUCAAACCAUCACGGGUAAAACCUCCCACCUGACGAGUCUCGGUCACUUCAGUGACGUGUCGCUUGAUCGAGAUUUGACGCUUUCAAGUUCCCAAGACAGUUACAGUGGAAUAAAGUUAGGACCAUCCACUGGGACGUCAUCUGUUGUGAGCCUAGAGAUUGAUAAUUACGUACCCUCUUGGACUUCAAAACUGUUAACGCCACCACCUCUUCCCAAGCCUCGAGAGCUCAACAUUGAUGAACGGAUUCCGUUGUAUCUUCGUAACCUGGGUAUAGACCAGUCUCCAUCAACAAUUUUGACUCCAUUUGCACCCAGGGGACCAAUUAGAGAGCCUGAAUUUUCUCCCACUGAGUUCUGCACAAUUAAAGGAUCUACUGGAACCCCAACCAAGAGCACUCAACCCUCUGAGGGUGGCAGUCCCCACAAAGAAGAGUUUUCCCGGUCCAGCAUACUGUCAGUAGACUCCAGCAUAUCCAUACCUUUCAGUCUGGAUAGUCUUGGUCCAGCGGCAUCUAUCCCAGAGCACACAAGGUGGACUUCUCCUCCGUCAGAUACAGAAGCUAGUCAGAGCAAACACAAACUGGCACCUUACCUCUCACCUGAUGAAAACACCCAUUCCUCCACACUGCAGAAGGAUGGCAGUUUAAGCAGCAACACGAGUAUCGGCCAGCUAGAAGACAAGCGCAACUCUGAUGUGUCCUCAGCUAUCAAGGAGAGGCACAGGGAAAGAAACUUGGAAUCACAUUUACAAACAAGUCGUAGUACAGAUCAAAGUGGAGAAGAUUCGUUUGUUAGCGCUAAGGCGUUGUUGGAGAUCCGUAAACUAGUCUCUCAUGCAGAGACCAUGAUAUCCACUGGGUCUUCUGCGGCUUCCUCAACCUCCCCCAUUGCACCCCAUCUUCUCUCUGAUCAGGACAUAUUGCUGUCGCUGAAGAAAAAAACCAGCAGACUUCAGGACUUGUCUUCCUCCUCCUGUACAGCUGGAGACCCUAGAACAUGUUCCUCACUGCUAUGGACCAGGUCUUCCUCUGACCCCAUGCUGACCUCAGAGAAAACUAGGCAAAACUCUGUUGGUCAGGAAGGUGUAAACCGAUCAUUGCAACUUGAUUAUCCAUCCACACAAGCUCUUUUUACUGCACAAACCACAGUUGCAUGUAGAGCACCACAAGAUAUCACUGUUAGUGGUGUAGGGACGUCCCUUGUCCUCUCCAAAUCAGCCCUGCGAACUGAGCCUGAGGGCUGCAGUGCUGCACCUCCUGACAAAGCCCCCACACAGCCGGCAGUCAUCAGUCCUCCAACAGCUGAGAGGACAGAAGAGCUCACUGCUACUCCUGCAGAUUCAGUUGAUGUCCCAGUGGAAGAGGAAGUCCCUCCCUCAGACGGUGCUGCACAGAGUAGGUCCUCAUCACCCAUCCUCGAGGACACUGAUCAGGGAGUGAUGAGCAAUGGGAGCAGUGAAAGCUCACUGACAGCCAGAGUGGCCAAGUUACUGCAGAGUGACUCUCCAUCCACCAUGGUGUCCAGUACACCCAGCAUUACAGACCAAGAGGAGAGCAAAGCCAGAGAAUGCAUCAAGCUGAAGCUGUCGGGACAGCAGUGUGAGCCUCUGCAGCUGGAUGAAGAAGACAGAAGGCGGAUUGAAGAGAUCAAGCAAGAACUGCUGUUAAAAAACCCCAUAAAGAGCCAGUUCAGCACAGACACGGACAGCAGUGCAGCAUCCAGUGUUAAAUUCCCGAGGGAGCUCGAUCCACCUCAGCAUGUGGAGACAUUUGCUGCUCCGAACGAUGCUACAAAUCAGCCAACCCAGCUUCCGCAAAGCCUGAGCAGGACCACCCCUGAAUUGAGCAUACAGCAACAAACGGCUCGUCAGUCAGAUCUAGAAGCUAGAGUGUGUGAGAUUGCCGCCAGAGAAGGAGUAAUGCUUCCUACAAAAAAACCUCAGGCCUUCACAUCCAUCACCAUCGGCACCCGCAGACGCUCUACCUCUCCCUCUCCCUCACCUUCCGCUUCCCCUGCACCUCCCGUUAGCCCAGCUUCAGAGCCGCUCCACCUGACCGAGCUCUCCACAGAAGCAGUCAAAACCACAACAGCAGACAGGCAGCUUUCUUCAAAACUGAAUCAAGAGCAUAGCGUUGCUUUAGUACAAACAACAACCAAAGAAUCACUCUCACUGUAUGGACCAAAUAGUAGUUUGCAGAACAGAAACCAAAAUGUGACUUCUCAGUCUGCACCAGGCAGCCAAAAGAGGCAAGACACAGUGGGAGGCCAGUUUGAAGAACCACUUCUACCUUCACAGGGUUUAGAUAGAGAUGUGACUGUCAGAGACAACAGCACACAGUUAUUCAGGCCAGAUAGUAAGAUAUCUGCUUCUGGUGUCGGUGUUGAUCAUGGCUCAGAUCAGGCCGCAGGCUCAUCCACAGUUGAAGCCUCCGUCCAGACAGGCCAUGUCUCACAUGUCCAUCUCACUCUGUCCCCCAAAGCUACUGAUCGCACCAUCACUACUGUGAUCUGUUCCAGUCAUGUUGAUGUAAUCUCAGGACUGCCACGUAAAGAGUUUGUCCCCCUGAGACACUCGUCAUCAGCUGCCAGCAGUCCAGAUGAGGGUGUUGGUUUGUCCAGUCCGCCUGAGUGGUGUAACACCAGAGAGCCAUUAAGACAGUGGCCGCCUGAAACUGUUGUCCCUCAGGGGAGGUUGACCACCACGUCCCCACAGUCGUUUACGCCAUGUGACAGAUCUGAAAUCUCACCACGACCCUUGACCACCAAAACACCAGUGACUGUCCUGCUGCCUUAUAAACCCCGUGGCAGUGAGGAGGUCUUUUACGUCCCUCAGACAGAGGCUGAUGUCUCCUCCGUGGAAAUGUCUGACACCACCAUGGAGAGCACCCACACAGGUUCAGACGACGCCGUGCCUCCUCGCUUUAGCAGUGACAUCCUUGGGCACAGGGACCCAGGGUUGGACCGCGGAGUAACCAUCAGACAUGCAGAGGGCAUCUACAGCAAGAGGCUGAAAACCGUCAAUUUCACCAUGCAAGAAAACGGACAGAGAGAUGCCUCUAUAGCAAUAGAUGAAAGCUUGCAGAUUGUGAGCCAAAGACCAAAGCCACCUUCUCAGGUUUCUUUUGCCUUAACCAGAGAGUUGAGAAAUCAAGAAACCUUCAAGAGAGACCAGGGGACCAGCCCCAUCCAGUUCCACCAGCAUGAUCAACCAGAGUCCCGCCCUGAGAUAUUUCAGCCAUUUGAUUCAGAAAUGGACUACAGCAAAGGAAACACUCAGUGGGUCCAAACCUCUGAGCCUCAGACAAGAAGUGAGCAGCAGAGGAGGAGUUCUGACCGCCCCCUGGACCAGUUGUGGCAGAAGUUCUGUGAUCAGUGGACCAGAGAGGAGUUAUGUCCAACCAGUGACAGAGAGGCAUCACUUCUGGAGCGUUUAGAGCGCCUGUCUCGUCUUAUUCAUAGAACACGGGGAUCCAAUGUGUCCCAAGUGCAGGAGGGGAACAGUUGUAAUCCAGAGCAGAAGCAGGAAAGAAGGCGAGAAGAUGUGACACAGAGGAGGAAAGAAAGAAAGACUUUAGAUGAGGUUAAGAGGAGUGUACAUGGUGAAGUCAGAGAACAGGGGUGGAAAGUAAGAGGACAGAGAAAAACUGAACCUCCCAUUCAGCUGAGGUUCCGGGUUGAUGAAUCUUCCCGGUCUGCAGAGGACGACAGCCACACUUCCCUCACCUCCAGCUUCUCCCACAGCUCCUCCCAGAACCAGCACCCUUCUCCCACAGACAGAGAUGAGUCAGAGACCGUGUCCACCACGUCUGGCUCCAUGUCCACAGUGGACACAGCCCGACUGCUCCGAGUCUUUGGGCCCGAUAAAGUACAGCGCCUGAAAACCACCCCCAGCCUCAGUAAACUGUACAACACCAUCAACAAGCAGAAAGAAGAGAGGGAGGAGAGGAGAGCAAGAAGCAGAAAUCCUCCUCACAUCUUCACACUGUCAGCAACAACCAGCACUGCUGAUCAAUCAGUUGCUGCUGAUUCCACAUCGUCGACCAGCACUUACACCGCCCCUUCACACCAUGGACCCUCGAGGAAUCUGAGGGCCAAGAAGGCCGUUAAACUGGUGAACAAAAGCAUCCAGGCAGGUGACCUGGAGAUUGUUCAUAACGGGACUCGACGACACACCAGAGAUGUUGGAACCACAUUCCCUUCCCCAGGUGGAGCUAGAGCUUUUGGGCAGAUCUCGUUUUCUUCAUCCAGUGUGGCGCGAGGAGGUGGAGGGCAGCGGAGCCCUCCUAAAGUUCAGGGAGUCCAAAAGCAGAGAAGGAGCAAGAGAACCCCACCAAAGCCUUACCCUAAAGGCGUUUCAUGGUUCAUCUCUGCUGACGGCCUGGGGUCAGAGGCGAGGAAGGAGAACCAGCCGGAGGAGGAGAGGCCGAGCAUUACCUGGUUUGAACCAUAUAGCAGAAUCAACCCAUGGAGACAGCCGCUCAGACAGAGACAAGUACAUGAGGACACAAACAAACAUCACGCUGAGCCUGAUCCUAAAACCAUGAUGAUGUCCUCUGGUCUGGCACACAUGUCUCUUCAGGAAGCUCUGGAAAUGCGUCGUCCAGAGUUUAUUUCCCGGUCCAGGCAGAGAGUGAAUCGUUUAACUCUGCAGGUGGAGGAGAGGAAGCUACAAGCUGCCUUCACCCGAGAGAGGGGGGAACUCUUUAACCAGCUGGGAGGACCUGCAAGGCUACCAAGACCCGCAGGCACUGCUCUGCUCCGGAGGGCCGUUCCCAGGAAGGAGAUGAUCCAGAGGUCCAAACAGAUAUAUGAGAAUCUGCCAGAAGUGCAGAGGAGGAGGGAGGAGGAACGAAGGAAAGCAGAGUACCACACUUACCGACUGAACGCCCAACUUUUCAACAAGAGAAUCACAAACCGGGUCCUGGGCAGAAGAUCAGCGUGGCAGUGACCAAACAGACACCUUUUUACUGGAGAUAAAAAUCAAUUAUGUGAAACUAUUUUCACAUUUUGAAUGUACAUUUUUUUUUAAUUUAAAGAUUAUGUUAAAAAGUGGAAUUGUGCUUAACUAAAAUCACUCUUUUUAUUGGACAAGUGGAAUUCACAACUUGAAAAUGUUUUAAUGUUAAAAUAAACAAAAUUUAAAGAAAUUUGUUUUAAAUGUAAAUUUCUGUUUUGCUUAACCCACAUGUAGUUUCAAGACAGUGACAUGCUCGUUUCGAUGUCUUUAUUGAUCAGUUAUUGUUGUGCAUGAACAGGAAGCCACACAAGGAAAAAGUCAGACAAGCUGCUCACUGAGGGCACACAUACAAUACAACCAAUAAAUAAGAGAUUCUGCAUUUCCUUCUUUAACUACAGUUAUGUAGAUGCCCAUUAAUAAAUAAAACUUCAAGUUAUGACAGCAUCAUGUAAACAAACAGUCUAUUACAUAAAAGAAGAUGAAUUAAUAAAUUAAGUGUCUUAAAAGUCAGCCAUGGCAAAUGUGAAGAGAAACAGACUCUUUGGCAAAGAUGUCGCUUUGCUUUAAACGAUGUUUGGUUGAAACAAAUUAAAAAUAAGGCAGGUGACUGAUCUUUACCGACAGGCUCUCUGCAGGUUUAAGGCUCGGACAAGGUUUACAAAAUCUACAGCAACAGGAAGCCCAGCAGGGACACAGGCAAUGCAGUCCAAUUUUACAAAUACAACCAGUGUCAUUAUAACCAAGCAAAAAGUACACAGUUAACACCAAGAGUGUGAUAGACGCAAAUAUCAUUUAAACCACAUAAUUCUUCAUCUGACUAAAGUGCAGCCAGGCUGUGUGUAAAUCUGCAAAAGAAUUGCCACGUUUUAAAACAGUAAAUCCACUGAGCUUAAUCAGUUUUUCUUUUUCUGUGCAGCCAGCAAACAUUAAUGAAACCACAGAUGUAAAUACCAAAGCCCUCACUGUGUAUUUAACUUCACUGCUUCAAGUCAGAAGACCUUCAUCUGUGCCACAGUGAAGUUAAACCUGAGUGAAGAUGAUGUGCAGGAUUUUUGUUCUAGCAAGUUGCUCAGUAUUUAAAUCAAAUGUGCAAAAAACCAAAACCAAGCCCAAUGCCCGCUCCCUUAAACUGACACAUCCACCAUUUCUGAAUCAUUUCAGUCCCUCUUUCCCUUUACAGUAAUGAUCUUAAAAUGAGCACAUAAGUGACACCUGAUGAAUGUUUACGACACAGGUUCAUGAUUCUUCACAUCCUCUUUGGCAUUUACCUGUAAACAGGAAAUGCAAAGCAGCAUCCAAUGUUCUGGCCUAAAGUAUGUAAACCACACUGAGCACGUGCCACACCCGGGUGCAGGAGGAGGG